AGGCAAUUAGGCUCCUAUUGACUAUCUGUAGGAAUCAUUAUUUUCUAAAUACUUUAUAAUAAUAAUAUUUUACAGUGCUAAUUUCCUGUUUUAAAUAUUAAUAAGAAUCAUAUUUAAGUUACCUGCAGCUAAGUCUAAGUUAUAACUAGUCACCAUGCCGCGUAUAAUGAUAAAGGGUGGCGUUUGGCGAAACACCGAGGAUGAAAUUCUCAAAGCGGCUGUUAUGAAAUAUGGCAAAAAUCAAUGGUCACGUAUAGCAUCUUUACUUCAUCGAAAGUCGGCUAAGCAAUGCAAAGCGCGUUGGUACGAGUGGUUGGAUCCAAGCAUCAAGAAAACGGAAUGGUCUCGUGAAGAAGAUGAGAAGCUUCUACAUCUGGCCAAGUUAAUGCCUACACAAUGGAGGACAAUAGCCCCUAUAAUUGGUCGUACUGCAGCCCAGUGCUUGGAGCGAUAUGAAUACCUUCUUGAUCAAGCUCAAAAGAAGGAGGAGGGAGAUGAUAUGGGUGAUGAUCCACGAAAGUUAAAACCUGGAGAGAUAGAUCCAAAUCCUGAAACCAAACCUGCAAGACCAGAUCCAAAAGACAUGGAUGAGGAUGAACUGGAAAUGCUGUCAGAAGCUCGAGCCCGUCUGGCUAACACUCAGGGUAAGAAGGCAAAACGAAAGGCCCGUGAGAAACAACUGGAAGAGGCCAGACGACUGGCAGCUUUGCAGAAGCGCAGAGAACUUAGUGCUGCCGGAAUAUCAGUGCCAAUGAGAAAAAAGAAAAAACGAGGUGUUGAUUACAAUUCAGAGAUACCAUUUGAGAAGAAACCGGCGUCAGGUUUCUACGAUACAUCAGAAGAAGUGGUGGACCCAAUGGCACCUGACUUCUCAAGGUUGAGGCAACAGCAUUUAGAUGGAGAAUUACAUUCUGAAAAAGAAGAACGUGACCGACGCAAAGAUAAACAAAAGUUGAAACAGAGAAAGGAAAAUGAUGUUCCUCAAGCAAUGUUACAAGGAGAUCAACCAGCUAGGAAACGCAGCAAACUUGUGUUACCAGAACCUCAAGUUACAGACCAGGAGCUCCAGCAAGUGGUGAAGCUAGGUCGCGCGUCGGAAGUAGCACGAGAGUCAGCGGGCGACGCGGGCGCCGCUACGGAUGCAUUACUCGCUCACUACGCGCUCACGCCCGCACCGGCUACGGCGCUACGUACUCCCGCGGCGCACCACGACCGAGUUCUAAUGGAAGCGCAGAACGUAAUGGCGCUAACACACGUGGACACGCCCCUAAAGGGGGGGCUCAACACACCGCUGCACGAACCCGACUUUUCGGGUGCUUUGCCCAACUCUCAGGCUGUUGCUACCCCCAAUACUGUGCUAGCGACGCCGUUCCGAUCCUCCCGCAGUGAAGUUUCAACACCAAGCAGCUUUGCAACACCAGGUCAAGGCCAGGGUCAAACUGGGCUAUUGACUCCGGGACUACGAGAUAAACUGAGUAUUAACCCAGAAGAUCGACUCAGUGCUGGAGAUACUCCAGCAGAACAUAGGCAACAACAGAAACAGUUAAAAUCAUCAGUUCGUAGUGCAUUACUCUCUCUGCCAGCACCCAAAAAUGAUUACGAAAUUGUAGUCCCAGAACAGGAGAGUGAUGAGCCCAUGGAGACAUCUCGCCACAGUGACAUUGAAGAUCAAGCUGAAGCUGACGAGAGGAUCCUGAGGGAACAACAGGAGAGACGUGCGGCGGAGAUGGCGCUCCGGUCGCAGGCGGUGCAGCGUGGCUGCGUGCGGCCGCUGGAGGUGAGCGCUCCCACCCGCGGCGGCGGCACGCUGUCGGCGCUGCAGCGGGCCGAGGAGCUGCUCAAGAGCGAGAUGGUGGCCAUGUUGCACUACGACGCGCUGCACUCGCCCAACACAGCUGGCAUAGACAAGAAACGUGCUGUACAACUGCAGGCUGCACAUUUAGCUUACCUAGAACAACAUCCGUAUGAAGAGUUCACGGCAGAGGAGCUGGCGACCGCUAGGAGGCAACUGGAGAAAGAGAUGGAGGUAGUCAAGACCGGGAUGAAUCAUGGGGAGCUCAGUAUCGAGUCGUACACGCAAGUCUGGGAGGAGUGUUUGGCUCAGGUGUUGUUCCUGCCAGGUCAGAACAGAUACACUCGUGCUAAUUUAGCGAGUAAGAAAGAUCGUUUGGAGUCCGCGGAGAAGCGUUUGGAACAGAACAGAAGCCACAUGUCGAAGGAAGCCAAAAAGUGCUCCAAAAUGGAGAAAAAGAUUCGCGUCUUAACAGGUGGGUACCAGAGUCGAAGCGCGUUGCUGAUCAAGCAGUUCGAGGAGCUGCAGGAUCAGAUCGAGCAGGCCAACCAGGAGCUAGCCAGCUUCAAGUUCCUGGCUGACCUAGAGAAGGCUGCCAUACCGAGGAGAAUUGAGUCAUUGACGGAGGAUGUGAACCGACAGACCGAACGCGAGAAACAAUUACAGAAGCGGUACGCAGACCUGCAGGCAGAGCUCGAAGAUAUUCUCAAACGAAAGAAGAACAAAGCCAGUGAACCACAGACUACUGGCAUGGAAUAAUACACUUAAUUGCUCAUAGACUUUAAUAGGAAAAUGUAAUGAUAUUGAAUAUAUUAUGUUAAACAAG